AUGGUCGCAGCUAAGAAAGCAGUCCUCAAUGUGACCGCCCAGCAAAGUCGUUUUCAUGCUCAGACAAAACAACAAUCCGCUUCGACAGAGAUCACUGUCAAAGACCUCAGCAUCACAAUUGGAAACCACGAAAUCCUAAGUCAUGCUGAAUUACAGCUACAGCCAGGCAGACAUUACGUCUUGAUAGGCCGCAAUGGUGUGGGUAAAUCAACACUCCUACGAGCUAUAGCAGAUGGACUCGUCCCUGGCAUUUCCGCUCCUGUCCGAGUCUUGCUCUUAGGCCAAGUACAAGAGGACGAAGACAAGGACAGAGAUGCUACUGCAUCGUCCUCACCAGACGAGACUGUCCUCGAACAUGUCUUGCGUAGCGAUAAACUACGUGAGAGACGACUGUACGAAGCACGCAAGCUGUCCGAAGCCAUGGACAACAUCGACGAUCCGACUGCGAUGUUGAAAGCAUACCGUGAAUUGACGCACGAACGACUAGAACGUGAAGUCGAAGAGGCUAAGCUUAAAGCGUCAAAGACGAGUGGCGUGAUGGGACUAGGAGCUCGAAAAGCGCUUACAACGCUAGAAGAGGAACUGGCUACUGCUUCGUCCAGGCUUGACCAUAUACACAUCUCGAACGGUCUUGAUGAUGAAGACAGCACUACAAUCAAAGAAGAAACACAAAAGGCAAUCGACAUGCUAGCAGACAUACAAGCAUCCCUAACAUCAAUGGACGCCUCCAGCGCAGAAGCAAAAGCCCAAGCAGUCCUCCACGGCAUAGGCUUCUCCCCCUCCCGCAUAACUCAGCCCCUCUCCCACCUCUCCGGCGGCUGGAAAACCCGCUGCAAUCUCGCAUCAGCACUAUGCCAACAAACCGACCUCCUCCUCCUAGACGAACCGACAAAUUUUCUAGAUUUACCCUCUAUAAUCUGGUUGGAAAACUACAUACAGAAUCUCGAUCCAAGCACUACGGUGAUAACGGUAACUCACGAUCGCGCCUUUGCAGAUGGUGUGGCGGACGAAUUGUUGGUGCUGAGAAACCAGAUGCUGGAAACAUUCAAGGGUAAUGUAUCCGGUUAUGAGAUUGCUAGAUUGCGGUCGUACAAAUACCUCAGCAAGAUGCAAGCGGCACAGGAAAAACAGAAAAAACACAUCCAAGCGACCAUCGAUCAGAACCUCAAGAUGGCGAAACGAUCUGGCGAUGAUAAGAAGUUGAAGCAAGUUUCCUCGCGCAAGAAAAAGCUGAAUGAGAGGAUGGGUAUGGAAGUCUCGGCCAAAGGUACCAGGUUCAAAUUGAACCGCGAUAGGCCUGGAUGGCAUGAUAGUUCCCGUGGUUCUAUCGAUGUGCCGGAGUUUGAUCCUCCUGUGCGCAUGGCCUUUCCUCUCUUGCCUUCUGAUCUACGGUUUCCUGGCGCUCUGAUUUCUUUGGAGGGUGUUUGUUUCGACUAUCGCACCAAGAGUACGCAAACGCCUAUACUACACGACAUCAACCUCAACAUCCACUUGGGAGAUCGAGUGGGUAUAGUAGGACUCAAUGGCUCGGGAAAGUCUACUCUGGUGUCCCUGAUGACUGCGAGCCCACGGGAGAGCCCAGGUGGUCCUGUACCAAAGAAAGGCAAAGUCGAACGACAUACCCGAGCAAGGAUUGGGCUGUACUCUCAGCAAGCAGUUGAAGAGCUUCAAGACAUGGCUUCGACGCAACCCAGGUUGACUGCGCUGACCCACCUCGUGGAGUUUACAGGAGGAAGUGUCUCAGAACAAGAAGCUCGUGGUCUUCUUUCUUCCCUUGGGCUCGUUGGCAAGAUUACAUCAGAAGUGCCAAUAAGUCUUCUCUCGGGUGGUCAGAAAGUGCGUUUGGCCUUGGCCAAAGUGUUGUGGAACCCGCCGCAUCUACUUAUUCUGGACGAGGUUACUACGCACCUAGAUCCGGAUACGAUACAGGCGCUUGCCCUUAGGCUUCAACACUACAAAGGAGCUAUUCUGCUCAUUACGCAUGACCGCUUCUUCAUGCGUUGCGUGAUCGAGGGCGAAUCACCUAAGCGCACGAGCAGAGGCGAUGAAGACGAAUCCGAAGAGGAUACAGAUAGUAGCGAGGAUUCUCUUCCGGAGAGCGGGGUCGUAUAUCGUCUUUUCAAGACGAAACUGAAGAAGCUGGAAGGAGGUAUGCAGCAGUAUGAAGACAUGGGCACGAAGCUGUUAUCUUGA